AACCAGGAGUGGAGGUUGACCCUGCGGGAGAAAGGGGUUCAUCAUGGCCGAUGACCUGAAACGAUUCCUGUAUAAAAAAUUACCAAGUGUUGAAGGGCUCCAUGCUAUUGUUGUGUCAGAUAGAGAUGGAGUGCCAGUUAUUACAGUGGCCAAUGAUAGUGCUCCAGAGCAUGCUUUGAGACCUGGUUUCUUCUCUACUUUUGCCCUGGCAACAGACCAAGGAAGCAAACUUGGACUUCCAAAAAAUAAAAGUAUCGUCUGUUACUAUAACGCCUACCAGGUGGUUCAAUUCAAUCGUUUACCUUUGGUGGUGAGUUUCACGACCAGCAGGAAUGCCAAUACAGGAUUCAUUGUCAGCCUAGCAAAGGAACUCGCUCCAUUAUUUGACGAACUGAGACAAGUUGUGGUAGCUUCUUAA